CACUGGUCUCCGAUACGGCGAAACGCCAACUCGUUCCCGCGCUAAUUCACACCAAAAGUAUCUUUUAAAAUUGAAACCUCCUUGACAGUUUUCAUCGAUUCUGAUUAUUUAAAAAGAAGCAGUGUUUUGUUUUGUGUGUGAUACUUGAAUAGGGGUUGUUGACCUUGUGCUUGGUUUGACAUCUGCUGCUUGGUAUUGUUGUGAUUUGUGAAGGAAGGACGGCGGACGCGACGGCGAGCGACGGAUCGUUUAGUUUAACCAGAAACCGGAUUGCGCUAGAUCCUAGCCGCACAUGAAAUGGAGAGUGGCAAAAGGAAGAGUUCCGAGAAGAUAGUGGAUAAGGAGGACCUCAUAAUGAUGGUCAAAGAGAGGUCCUGCCUGUGGGACAGGUCCAGCAUGGCCUACAGGGACCGUGCGGUGAGGGACCGCGCCUGGAACGAGAUAUACAGGAUGGUAGAACCCGACUACGACAAGUUCAGUGAAGAGAUGAAGAAUCUUAUAGGCCUCCAAAUAACGAAAAAAUGGUAUAACAUCAGAGAUUCAUACGUAAAGUCGAAGAAGCUGCAAAGACUACGCCAAAAGCCCUAUUUACAUUCCAAACUGCUAGGUUUUCUGGACAACAGUUUUAAAAACUUAGAUGAUUCUGUAGUAUAUGAAAAGGAUGAAAAUGAAGAACAAUGGCUCGAAGACGUUCUCAUAGUGGAAGACGAAAUGGACCUUGAACACGAAACUAAAAGAUCAAAAUUGAAUGACGCUGACGAAUCAAAGGAGAGUACAGUCGCUAGUGCAGAACAUAACAUAGUCAACGUACUAGCAAACCUUAUUAACAGAGAAGAUGACGAAGAUAGAGCGUUUUUUACGUCGAUAAUGCCAGCUGUUAAGAAAUUGAGCGAAGACUCCAAGUUCGAAUUCAGAAUACGAAUGAUAAAUACUUUGAAGAAAUUACUCAGGCAAGAAAGAUGUUCAGAGACUAUGAAAUUUAAAGUGUUAGAUGAGGAUGAUGUUGAUUAAAUUUGUUUUUUUUUAGUAAAAAGUGAUAUUUUUUUUUGUUUAUUCUU